CGUAGCGGUCGUACGUGUAUUAGGCGUGUUGUUACUUGUUUGUGAGUUGUGAUAGUUGUCUGUAGUCUGUGAAGCCAUUGACACCGAUACUUGCAAAGUUUUAGUGAUUUGUGUCAAUUCAUUUAAACCGAUACAAAAUAAACUUACAAAAAUGAUCGUGACUUUUGAUCUAAAGUUUCAUUAGAUCAUAAACGCUUUGGAUUUUCAAAUAACUUCCAUUUAAAGGUGUGUACAGCCGUUAUUAUUUGAAAACACACGAGGAUAGUGAUGGGUGCUCCGGCAUGGGGCGCCCGGGGCUCCAGCGACCGACCGCGGCUGCUUCGUAUGACCCCACUCAGACACAGCUUCGCGGCACCCACUACGCCACCUGUUCAGCCUCCACGCGCCCACGACUACGCCUCAGAUGCUGAUACUAACAAAAAAGAAGAAAGCUGGAAUGCGAAUCUGUCGCAAAGAUGGCGAAAGUUGCGGCGGAGGUGUUCUCGGUUACGACCGGGUUCAGGGAACCGAGACGCAAGUCCCACGAGGUGCUCUCCCUCUCCUCCCCGACCCCCGCCGCACUGCUCCCCCGCAACCCCCUCUAAACUAUCGUUCAGACAUCGCGGCAAAGUCUACACUACAGCAUCACUUCGCGUCACCAGUGGUGCUCCCGAUAUACUCAGAGCGUUAGGAAAGCUCGGAGGUGGGCUCAGACGGCGCGCCUUGUCUGCACACGAUGUAUUGUCACCUCCGCCUCAAAGACCGGCGACCUUUUACGUUCCGAGUCCAACGGCAGAAAGACAGUCGUCUCCCCAGUCCCCACCUCACACAGUACGUCGUCGGUGCAGUUCGCCCAACGUCUACCAGAAAAACAUACCAGCGAGGGAAAAAGCUCCACUUAUUACUGAGAGCAAAGACGUAGUAGACUACGGUUAUGAACUCGAAAGAAGAAACAUUAAGGACAGAAGUCGGCCAUACAGUGAAAACGUAGACAUUCCAAUAUAUAAGAACGGUUUUAACAGAUAUGGUGAAAGCGACGUGGAGAAGCUUUGGGAGGAACCGUACAGACUACCCAGAGUUCAAGUGCGACAAGAUCCGAUGCAGCAGCUGAGGAACGGAGUCGCAGAGCUGCGGGUGAGCGUCACCCCACGGUCUCCUCGGCCACCACCUGCUCCACCGAGUGGGCAAAAAUCUGUGAAGAGACCACCUGUUCCUGAACCAAGAGAUACGCACACGUUUGAGGUGCGGUUCACGAAGUCUGCAGGCGGCAAAGGUCUCGGAUUUAGUAUUGUGGGGGGGCGCGACUCCCCCCGGGGGGACAUGGGUAUUUUUGUGAAGACCGUAUUUAAGAACGGCCAAGCCGCCGAGUCCGGUUUACUACGGGAAGGUGAUGAGAUUGUAUCGGUGAACGGCCGGGGAACUGCCGGUCUGACUCACGGUGAAGCAAUAAGGCUGUUCAAGGACGUGAGGGCUGGUCCUGUGCUGCUCCGGGUGGCCAGGAGAGCACCAGCUCGUUGACUGCCGUGCGCCUGUUGCGGUGACCACCCGCUACAGGCGUCAUAUUAUGUCCCCGAUUAUUCCACUAUUUAACAAGAUAUAUUUAUUAUUUUUGUAAAUAUAUUAUGUAUAAAACAGACA